AUGGAGAUCGGGACGCAGAACGGGGCGCGUACCGACCAUGACAGAGAUUCGAAGAUGAAUGGGAUCAAUGGCGCGGGCAUAGUGAAGCGCGAGCCUUCACCAAACAAGGUAAAGGGAGGCGCCACACCGUUGACGAAUGGAUACGAUACUCCGAUGGAUGUGGAUGCGCCAAAGCAAGCACAAGCGGCCUCAAACGUGCCGGAGCAAGCCUCCAAGAUGGACAACCUACCGCCUGAGAUCGCGCACAUCACGCAAAACUUCAUCGGGAUCCCAUUCCUCUUACAGCGACUGGCGCAGAGAUCGCACAAUGACCUCCAAACGAAAAUCGAAGAGCUCGCCAAGAUACACAUACCACAGGGAUCUUUGAAUGGGAACGCAGGCACAGCGGAAGACAACUCGGAGGAUAACCAGAACAAAAAGGCUAACUUGCUGCACUUCAUACAAGACAUGCAUGGCAAAUGGGUCAAGGCUCUGGUGAUCUCGGAAUGGAGUAGGAAAGCUGGGCAGGUCAGCAAGCUGAUCGAUCUUAAUGUUCACAUCAAUGAGCAACUAGGGAAAUAUGACCAGGGCUUGGACUUCAUGGGUCAUAUCAAGAGGGGUCUCUACCAGGCGCGAUUACCGGAUCCUGAUCUCAAAACGGCGCUCCAAGUCCUGUCUACAGGUCAAGCGCCUUGGAUUCCUGAGUUCGGUUACAUCGAGCCUCCUCCCUUGACUGCGGCUGAGCAGAUGAAAUGGAUCAAUGAGCUAAACACCUUGCUGUCCGUCCGGCUAAAUUUGGAGGACCAUGACAAGAUCCCUCAUCAGUUCAGAGACUACACCAUCGAUUCGGGCCGCGUCACAUUCAAAGUCAAUGGGGAGUUUGAAGUUGAUCUCACAAUCGCAGAUGAGGACUUUGAAAAGCAGUUCUGGUUCAUCGACUUCCGAUUUACAUUCUCGCCUGCGCCUCAAGAUCUGACAGAGGCAUUGAGGGUGUUUCUAGAGAUGAAGGUGAACGAAGCACUUGCCAAUGAUGGUUUACGGGGCUGUUAUGAGCUCCUCCACGAGCUCACCUUGACACACAAGAUCAACGAGCUACGGAGACAGGCCGUGGACCUCAGCCGUGGACGCUGGAUCGAGAACCUCAAGGUGGAGCGAUUGAACCGGGCUCUCUCAGUACAAUACUGGACAAAUCGUUUCCCCACUACCGGUCCCAACUCUGGCCCAAAGAGUUGGAUCAUUAUUGGCGUCAACAGUGGAAGAACGACAACGCCCAACUCUCCACCUAAAUCGAAUACCACCAGCUAUCUCGAAUUACGGUGGUUUAAAGACGGGAAAGAGGUUCGCGAUGUGGACGUGUCAGCCGACAGCGACGACAUAUCCGCAGAAACUCUCCUCAAGAAGAUCGUUGCGAAACAUAUCGGGGACAUUCUGUCGUCAAUUCACGACAGACUUCUUUCAAAGCCUCGCUUUGAGAAACGGCAAGCAUCGUUAUCGCUGAGCAUCAACAACGAGGAUCCAUCUGAGUCGGCAUUAGUGGUUCAGUUGACUCAUUCGCAAUCGCUAACCGUGCGGAUAAAUCCCACCACAGGAUCCUUCAACAUGCAGCCCGCUGCGCAGUCGUUCAUCUACAGGGGCGAAGCUUACCUCAACCAGAGAUCCAGAAAUCUCGUAGAGGAUGGUGUUGUGCAAAUAGAAAACAUCAGGUGGCAGCGCGAGUUUGGUGAACUCAUCCGACUUGGCGAAGGUCAGGGCUGGCGUGUGUCCCGAAGGCCGGUCAGUUCAGAAGAGGUCAGGCGGCUGCACCCCUCCCGCGAGCCGCACAACGCGCUGUGGCUUAGGCGGGAGGGCUGGGCUGCUACUUGGUACCUUGUUGUUUGUCUGAGCUUGGCCGGCGACACGUGGUGGCUCGUAGAAGUCAUGGGCGACGCGACUAACAACCUCAAGGUGGAUUCACCGAAACCUCGGGGCAACCAAUUCAAUGGUCGGAACAAUGUGAUGGGCGAGACAUCGACUGCUCGGAUCAAGACAUUCAACCUUAUCCCGAUUACAAACACAAACCCCAAAUUCUCUGUUCCCUUCUUCACCGAUCUCACCACUCUCACCACUGGCAUGAUUGCUCAAAUCAGUGAUAUAACGACUUUGCGAAGGAGCAGGAUUCAGUACGCAGCCAAAUUUGCAAAUAAUCCUUAUUUGUCCUCUCGAAUUAGGAUGCCUGCGUUGUUUGUCAGAUUUGCUGCUAUUCUUCCACCUCAGGGUGGCGAGCGCAAGAGCCAGCAGCCAAGGGACUCCUGGGCGGGAGAGUUCGUCCAGAUUAUCUUCCGAGGCGUUCGUAACCCUGCGACUGCCUCCAGCAGAUUUUUCACGGUAUCUGCCGAUGUCAGGGUGGUCGUUAAAGACAAAUCCAAGUUCUCGCUGCUCAGGGGUCACGUCGAUCAUGACGUUUUUUACCACCCUAGGAACGGGCACUUCAGGCUACAUCUGAGGACAGAGAUCGGAAAGUCGUUUAUAGAUACCCUUGCUACGCGUCUCAAGGCACUAGAUAGACUAGUGGAGUUUGUGGCUGCGAUCAACAGUCGUGCGGACACAGUGAAGUGCGAGAGUGUGACUCUCCGCAAAGUGGUCUUCACCUACGGGCCCCCUACCACGGAACAACCGUCUGGGGACGGGCAGGCCCCCACGCCUUGGCGGGUCGUAUUGGACCUUGCGAGAAGCGAGAAAGUCAGCGUUACCCUCGAGAAGGGCAACCCACACAUAAGAGUUCGGGACAUGCUCGACAAUCUUGUGAACUCGCCCGUUGGAUUCGAGCAGCUGCCGUUCUGGCUGCAGACGUCGCUGCGUCUCCACCGGGCCCUCGACGCGAUGGAGGACUCGUGGGUCGAUAUCGCCUCGAACAACAAGGCCGAUCUCCAGGUGCUGCCUCGCGCCCUCGACUGGUUUAGCAUUCAUUUGAAAAUGCCCGCAGCGGCGGGCAAGCCUGCGCGCCACCUGUGCCUCAGCGUUAGAUGCAGGCAGCGGCGCGGGCAGCUGUGGUGGAGCGUGGAACGGUCCCAGAGCUCUGGGGAACCCAAGAAGGACGGCGACGAAUUUGAUACGGCCCUGCAGCCAGUCUUUGACUCGAGGGGCGAUGGCUGGCUGGGCCAGGGGAAGUCGGCCGUUGCUCAGUGCGCAGGCACCGGCAUUGAGGACCUGUUGGCCAGAGUGAGUGACGCCUUGAAGACUUUGGCCGUCGGUGCCACUCCGAAACCCGCUGCUGGCUCUCAGGGUGCCGCGAUUGUCCUGGACUAG